AUGUCUAAAGAUGCAGCAGCGCCGGAGAUCGACGAAGAGGAUAGAGACGCACAGACAUUGCCUGAGACCGUUGAUGCUAUCAACAAAUCCGACGGAAAAUUGAUUUGGGAAUGGUACGAUAAGCUAAUGAAGGUGGGUAGAUGCUUUGUUAGGUAUUAUAAUUGUUUUUGAAUUUGUUUGCGGUCAAAUAUUGUCAAAGGCGUUUGAUGGGAUGGAUUAUAUUGUUGCAAAGGCUGAUGCACGAUGGAGAGUGCUUUAAUUGUUUUGAAAUUUUGAAAUAAGCAAGGCUGCAGUCUUUUGUUCUAGGUAGUCGAAGCUCAAAUUCAAAAAUUUUAUUUACUUGAAGUUACAAUGAUUUUGCUGUCAUCUACUCUUUAAAAAUUUUUUUUAUUUAUCGAUUCUUAAUUUCCAGAAUCCACCAUCUGUCGACGCUUUUCUUGAUCCGAAGAAUGUUGCAAAGAACCGCUUUCCUAAUAUGUUGUUAUACGACAAAAGCCGUGUUAAAAUUACAGGAGGCGACGACUACAUUCAUGCUUCUUGGGUUGAUGGUUAUGAACAUAUUGGUAAGCUAAUUGGCAAUUUUUUUCUUUACUUUUAGGUCGUUACAUUCUUUGUCAAGUUCCAUUUGACCAGGAAACGGAGUCAGAUUUCUGGCGGAUGUGUAAUCAAGUGAAACCAUCGUUGAUUGUGGUACUAUGCAGCUCACUGGAUGGUCAGGGUAAGAAGCAGAUGAAGGACUUUUGGCCAGCACCAAAAACUGACAAAAAAUAUGGACAGGGGUUGGCUGUUAGGAACAGCUACAAUGAACCGGUAAGCUAAAAAAAUUUUUAAAAAAUUUAAAUUUCCAACAAUUUUAAAAAAUUUUAGUUGUUUUUUAGUCUGAAGCUUAUUUUAAAUCUUUUCAGAAUCGCGACUUCGACUCCCACGAGCUCUACAUAACAGACACCAGGGAGAAGGCCAAAGUCGAGCACAAGGUCGCUCUAAUGCAGUAUCGAAAGUGGGUAUCGGACGAGGAAAUGCCAGAUAACUUGCUUGAGUUUCGUGCUAUGAUGAAGAUCGCAUUCGCACGUGCCGAGAAGGAAGGACGUGGUGAAGGUCCAUUGUUGUAUUUGUGUCCGAAUGGAUGUCAUCGAUGUGGAAUCUUGGCCGCUGUGGACAUUAUUAUCGAACGGAUUAGUUCGGAGAAGAAGGUAUGGGGGUGAGAUUGAAAAAAUGAAUUUUUAUCCAAAAUUUCGAAAAAAAUGUUACCUAAAAAAAUUUGGUUUAAAAAUUUUAAAGACUGUUGGUUUUUUGACAUAAAACCAUAUUUUAGGUAACAAAAAUAACUUUUUCACUCAUUUUAGGUUGGUGUAAAAGAAACUGUCGUGAACAUAAGAAAACAACGCUACGGAGCCUUCCAUCGGUUCGAAGCCUACGCCUUUGUUGCUGACCUACUGGUUCGUCAUGCCGUUUCUUCUGGACUGGUCGACAACAAUUUUAUUGGACUUAGAAAGACUUGA